GAACUGGAAAAGCAUUGUUUGGGUAAUCCUUAUCCUAAUACUCCGUACAUAAUUGUGCGAUCAACUAAUCAGAUCUACCGCUUACACAGUAUUUCUUUCUCUGUCCAUUUUCAGAUCGCUCUUUCUCUCAAUCUGGAAAGAUUCAUGGCUCAAACCAAAACGCCUAUCAGCUUAGAAUCACUCCACUUACCUGUGGCCAAUUUUUCACUUAUCGCAGUUCAAAAGCUCGGAAACCCUCACAUUCAUCUUAUUCAUUCAUGGGGCCGGAAAGGUGAACUGCUUGAUGAAAUGUCUGAGAGAGGUUUACUCCCCAACCAUGUGAUCUUCACAACAUUGAUUAAAGGGCUCUGUGAAGACGAGCGGGUUGACUUGGCCAUGGAUAUCUAUCAAUGUAUGCCGAGAAACCACAUUUGGUCCGAUCUGAUCACAUGUAACACACUACUUGACGAGCUUUUGAAGAGCGGGAACCUCAUGGGCCCCUGGAAACUCAUCUCCCAAAUGAACAAAAAAGGUGUAAGGCCCGAUAAAAUCACAUACACCACACUCAUUGAUGGGUAUUGCAAGGCCGGAGAUUUAGACUCUGCGUAUGAGGUCCAAAAAGAAAUGACCGAAAACAGGAUAAUGCUCGACAAUGUUGCUACACAACAGGAGCCUCAAAUACAUAGUGGUGGGUCCUUCCUUCUCACUCAAGUCCUAAAGAAAAUGUCCCCUAUGGUAUUGACUUCUUUUUAACAAAUAAUAUUCAGGUUAUAUCUACCGCAUCAAGAUUCUUGCAUUUGACUCUUGUUUUUUUCUUUCCCCGUGUAUUGUGUUUAUUUAAAUGUAAUUUUCAUCUCAUUGUGUGUAUACUUCAAUGCCAGAGAGUAAUAAACUUGCUUUAAAAUUUCUGUUUGGUUAGAUCUGUACAAUUAUACACAAUCUAUUAAUACAAGAGGUGAGGAGGGACAUGUUCUCAUAUUUUUAGUGUUGCUGGAGAAUUUUGCUGUACUAUUCCCUUAUUGUUUUAUAUUUUUAGUGUGUGAGGAGGGACAUCGUCGACCUAAUCAAUCUCAACCCUCAUUAAAUGUCUGCUGCAGGUGAACUACUUGAUGAAAUGUCUGAGAGAGGUUUACUCCCCAACCAUGUGAUCUUCACAACAGUGAUUAAAGGCCACUGUAAAGACGGGCAGGUUGACUUUGCCAUGGAUGUCUAUCAACGUAUGCUGAGAAACCACAUUUGGCCCAAUCUGAUCACAUGUAACACGCUACUUGACGGGCUUUUGAAGAGUGGGGACCUAAUUGGCCCCCAGAAACUCAGCUCCCAAAUGAACAAAAAAGGUGUAAGGCCCGAUAAGAUCACAUACACCACACUCAUUGAUGGGUAUUGCAAGUUGGGAGAUUUAGACUUUGCAUAUGAGGUCCAAAAUGAAAUGACCGCAAACAGGAUAAUGCUCGACAAUGUAAGUAUGUAACAUUGUUGCUGGAGGGAAACUUGCUGAUCUUAAUUCUGAAAUUGUUUGAAGGGUUCAUGAUCAUUAAAGAAGGCAGUCUACGGGGCCUAUAGGCUGAUCUUAACACUUUACUAGCCAACUUAAAAUGGAUCAAGUUGACUGUACACCAAAAGAUGGUGAAGCUGGCAGUAAUGGCUAUAGACUGAUCUUAUGUUCUUAACCUGUCUUUACUAGUCAACUUAAAAUGGAUCAAGUAGACUGUAGACCGAAAGGUGGUGAAACAAACAGCAAUGAGUAAAUAUGGCGCAUGUGAGCAAAUCCAAAGAAGGUUAAAGGAAAAUGGUCUCAUUGUAGCUAAUUAGAUGCUUUUCAGGGUCGUUCUACGCUCGCCUUGCCAGUAUCUGCAACAUGAGAAUCUUCUUAGUCCAACGAAUUGAGAGUGCCAUCACAUGUGGAUUAUUUAUUUUCUAGUGGUGCCAUUUGGUCAUGGAAAGGUUGCCAUUAUGGGUGACUUACUUCAAAGUUGACAGACAAGCUUGAUUUCCAAAAAGUAAGUAAUAAUGUGGACAUGUCUCCUGUUAGGGCCACACGGAAGCCGAAAGGACUGAAGAAGUCUUCUUAUUAUUAGGAGAAUAGGAGUCAUACGGUUAUUAUUACUAUUAGUAUUAAUAUCAUUAUUGUUCUUAUUAGUUACUAGUAUAUUCCGAUUGGUGUUGAUAUUGUUACAUCCUAUCUAGUCUCAGUCAACUUCCUAUUUACCUUAAGCUUUAUGUUCCCUAAAUUCUUAUGAUUCUUGUAAUAGCUAUAUGCGGUUCUUUAAUAUAGAUUAAUAAACUACCUUUGAAGAGUGAAG